UUGUCGGUUGUCGAAUAAAGUUGUAAAAUACUUGGUUGUUGUUUUAUAAGGAGGUACUUUAAAUCCUGUGACGAUGGCUGAUGUUUUGGAGCUCGACAAUGCGGAAGAGUUCGAGGUCGACGACGAGGGGGACCAGGGAAUUGCAAGGUUGAAGGAGAAGGCAAAAAAGAGAAAAGGUCGUGGGCACGGUGCAGAACUUGUCUCCACAAAAGAUGACGUUGGUCAUUACGAGUCCAUGCACGUAGUUGAGGAUGACAACGAGCCUGGUCCACAGAGAUCUGUAGAGGGUUGGAUUUUAUUUAUUACAUCGGUGCACGAAGAAGCUCAAGAAGAUGACAUUCAGGACAAGUUUUCUGAAUUUGGGCAGAUCAAGAAUUUGCAUCUAAAUCUCGACAGAAGAACAGGCUUUCUCAAAGGUUAUGCUCUCGUUGAGUAUGAAACGUACAAAGAAGCCCUUGCAGCUAAAGAAGCUUUGAAUGGCACAGAAAUUCUUGGACAGCCAAUCGGAGUAGAUUGGUGCUUUGUCAAAGGACCCAAAAAGCAAAGAAGAAGGAGCGGUAGGAGGCGAUAGGAAAAUCAAAAUUCAAUAGAUUUAAGUGAAAUUUUGUCUUAAUUCCUUUAUGUAUAUCUUAUUUAGUAUAAUUACUACAAAACUGAAUAAUGUUAUAUUUUAUACAACUUGUGAAAAGUAAUAUUCAAAUAU